CCUAACACCCUGUAAAAUAGGUCAUGCAGGUAAGAUUUCAACUGAAGAAUUAAACUUUGAUGUACUGAAAACACAAAACUAAGAUUUACUAGUGUUAUAAUGGGUAAGACGAGAGGCUGUGGUGUCAGAUACAGCUUGAAUUCCCACUUCUACUAUCAACUAUUUAUCAGACUUGGAAAUCCCGUAUAGCCCAUUCCCUCAUCUGUAAAAUGAGAACAAUGAGUGCUUUCUAUAAGUUUCCCUCUCCCUCCUCCAAAAGUUCUGCACAUUUGUCGCUGAGUUCCCAAAAGUUUAAUUUGGUUAGACCCAAUGUAAACCUUGCCUUAAUCUUUUCUUGGAAUUUAAGUCCUCAACUUAAAGUGUUCUCUCCUACUACAGGGCGUGAAGCACCAAUUAGUCCCUUGCCAGUUGUCAAUGUUCCAGCUGUCAGCCACCCCACCAAGUGCCCUUGCAGAUGACCCAGUGCAUAUCCAUGUGACAGGCCUGCCCCCAUUGCAGCUGGUGACUCUGAAGGCCUCGCUGAAGGAUGAGAAGGGGAAUCUGUUCCGGUCCAUGGCCUUCUACAGGGCUAAUGAGGGGAAGGCCCUUUCCAGGAGUCAUUGAAUUGUUUGGGGGUAUUGGGGGCCUAAUAGAAUUUCGGGCCAGUCUUUUGGCUUCCCAUGGUUUUGCAGUGCUGGCGUUAGCAUAUUUUGCCUACGAAGACCUGCCUGACAAACUGCAGGAGGUGGACUUGGGAUAUUUCGAGGAAGCUGCCAACUUGCUACUAGCUCAUCCCAAGAUCCAAAGGCCAGGGAUUGGAGUGAUCUCCGAGUGCAAAGGUGCCGAGAUUGGCUUGGCUAUGGCAUGCUACCUGAAGCAGGUGGUGGCCACCGUCUGCAUUAACGGGACCAACGCCAGCUUCGAAAUUCCACUCAGAUACGGGGAUCUGGUUGUGACACCCAUCCGCUCAGCUCAGGAGCGAAUGCAGGUCCACGUCUCAGGAGCGAAUGCAGGUCCACGUCUCCGGAGCUGUGCGCAUCCGCCACUGUAAGGAAGACCCCCG